AUGGACAUGGCGAACAUGUGCAUAGUGGAGAAGCACGGCCGCGUCCACCUCAUCACCCUCACCGGCGCCGGCGAGCACCGCCUGGGCCCGGCCCUCAUCUCCGCCCUCCGCUCCGCCGUGGCCACCGUCCGCGCCUCUCCCGGCGCCGGCGCCCUCGUCCUGGCCGCCGAAGGCAAGUACUUCUCCAACGGCUUCGACCAAGCCUGGGCGCGCACGGUCCCACUCCACCUCCACGCCUCCAUGAGAGGAGCCUUCCGCGGCCUGUUGGCGGACCUCAUCGCGCUGCCCAUGCCCACCGUGGCCGCCGUCACUGGCCACGCAGCUGCCGCCGGCUGCGUGCUGGCCCUUGCCCACGACGCCGUCGUCAUGCGCGCCUCCCGCGGGUUCCUCUACAUGAGCGAGGUCGACGCCGGCCUCAAGAUGGCCGAUUUCUUCGGGGAGGUGCUCCGGCAGAAGGUCCCCGACGCGGCGGCCAGGCGGGACAUGAUCCUCAGAGGGGACAAGAUGACGGCGGCGGAAGGGGUGCGGCGGGGCGUGGUGGACGCGGCCGUGGACGGCGGCGUCGAGGACGUGGUGGCCGCGGCCGUGGCGGCGGCCGAGGGGCUCGCGGCGAGGGGGUGGGACGGGGAGGUCGUGGCCGAGAUCAGGAAGGCCAUGUGGCCCGCCGUGUGGGGCAAGGUCAAGGAUUACGGCGCCGCCGAGGCGGCGCGGCCGCGGCUGUAGGAUUGCUCUGCGUCUACGACGUGCUGAACUCCACUUAGGAACUGAAUAAUCGAGAGGAAUUGCUUGCCGCAAUCUGGCCAAAGAACUCCACUGUUGGCAUCCUUUGUUUUCGGUGAAGUGUGGCAAAUUGUAAAAACCCCAUUGUUUCUCUGAAAGAGCUUCUUGCUGCUA